AUGUAUCGCGUAGUAGAAAGUGAUCGGAGUGUGCUGCAGCUGGAUGAGACAAAUCCUUCUGGUGUAAAUGAAUAUGGCAUUAAAUUUGGUAUUCCAUCAAGGGUACCAGUGUCCCGCCAGGAGCCUCAGGAACUGAUCGGCGCAUCCACUAAAUCGACAAAUGUUCCACCCACCGAAUGUGAUCCGCCAGACAUUGUACUGCAUUCGGACGGAUGCGCAGUUGCUCUUCACCUUUCGGUGUUACAAUUGCGCUGUCCAUGGUUCUACAAGCAGCUACGACAGUUACGGCAUUUGCCCGAAAGGAAAGAUGGAGCGAUUGCGCUCAAGGUACUGGAACACGAGGAGCUACGCAUGAUCAAAGCCAAAGCUGCGAACUAUUCCAAGUGUCCACUUCGUAACUAUCAAGCUUUACGUCUAGAUUACGUACGUUGCGUAGCUCAUGAAUACCUGGAUAAUGCAGCUCGACAAGACAGUCCCAUUGUUGACCAACUGCGAAAGAGGCCACGAAGUGAUCCUGAUACAGUGACAGACGAAAACCAGCCGCCUAUUGAACAAACCAUUGCGUGCAAAUCACGUCGUGCUAGAAGCUUAUUUAGUGAAGUGGAUGUGCUGAAUCCAGUCACUCUUUCUCGUCUUGAGAGAGAAAGAGAGCAGCAAAGAGGCGUGAUGCAUGUGAAGAUUGAAGGAACAAAUAUUGGAGCUGUGGUCACGGCAGUCGAAUAUAUAUACAGAUUCAAAGUGCGAAUGAUCAACGACUGCAAUGCUAUACAAGCGGUGAAGCUUGGGCAGUGGUUAGGAAUGAGACAUUCAAUGCUGUAUUUCAGCCUGAUAGUUGCAAUUCGACACGUGACGACAUCAACGUGGAUGGAGCUGAUGCUGGAUGCUUCAACUUUGCCACGUAAGGUUAUGCGUCAAAUUUUGUGCGAUGACUUACUGGAGUUUGUCAAGGCAUUAAAACCUGAGCACUAUCAAAAAGUACUAGCCGAUAUGCGGUGUGUCUAUAUAAGUCGGUUAGCACACCACGAUAUAUUAAUUCGAGCUAUGGUGGGACUUAUCAAUAAUAUCCGGCUAGUAGAAUUUUGGAGGAAUUUACUAGAUGCAUUAAGCAAAUGGUUAAAUAACCGGUUUCAGACGCCAUAUCCGCCUUCUCUUCGUGCUAUGCACCGUUACUUUGCCCCGGAGUGGAAACCAUACUUGGAAAGAGAACCUGUGGAACUCGAAGUAAAACCCGGUGAGGGUAAUUUGUUCACGUUGCUCGAAUUUGGCAAGUUUCAGCUUCAAGUUCGCAUUGACAUUACAGAUAACAUGCCAAUUUUGUGGCGUAUCAUUCAAUCUUCGUCACCUCAGCUAUUAACAACUGACCCAGAUGACUAUAUUGGUUUUGACACUGAUCCCCAUUUUUGGAUACGUGGACAAAUGAAGGUCAAGUAUUGGCGAGCUCAACCUGAUCAUGCUGAAGUAUUUCAAGAGGUAAUAAUCGAGUACCAGCACUGUCGUAAGCAGUAUAGUCAAUGGGGGGAUCUUGUCCCUCCGUCGCCGGUAGCUCCUGUUGCUUCAACUGCAGCCUUUCAGCCUGAAGGUACUGGAAAAGUCCAGUUUCGAGGCAGAUUCUUUGUUUGGGGGGAUCCCGUCUGCAGUAUAUACCACUUUUUGCUGCAAACGACGCUUUUUUAUUCGGCUCCGCAUGAAGCAUCGACCGAGUUGUCCGAUCUCAUGGUAGUGUCCGAGAUGCAGAGAUUACCUAUAGAGACUCUUGUGCUUGUAUUGCGAAGCGAUCGGCUACGAAUUCCUGGAGGCGAGCGAACGUUGUUACGAUGCUUAAAUAAGCUGGUAUUUGGUAAAAGUUUCAACUAUCUUGGCAGUUCUGCUAAUCAAGUACCUCAAAAAUACAAUGGACGAGCUAAAGAUGUGAUUCGUCUAUACAAAUGCGUUCGGUGGUGUUUUAUACCACUUGACGAUAUCAUUGGCACCCUACGACGAUCACCUCGAGAGCUCCAAUUUUACGAGUUAAUUGACUUGGGUCUUCAAGAUACUUUUCGUCGCUUUCAACGUCGGCGUCCUUGGGGAUGGCGUAAGUACCGACAUGCGUACAUGAAGAAUGAAACAAAUGUCGUAGAAUUUAGGAUUGAGGCUGGAGAGAACGCGUUGUCACCAGAGUAUUAUCCCAGCAUCUCACGAUCCCAGCCUAGCACCCAAGGCUCGUUACUAUUGACCCCCGAUCCAAUAUGCCCGCUAUCUGCAUAA